AUGGCCCUCAGUCUGGUGUCUUACUACUUUGCUGCUGCUGCUUCUGCUGAUCUGCAUGCGACACGGCUGCUGCAGCACGCGCUGCCGCCACCGUGGCUGCAGCAGCAGCACCUCUUGCACCGACAGGUUUCCCACUACCUGCAGCUGCGGCGCCAGGAGCAGCAGCAACAGCAGGAAGAUUUGCUGCAGGUAGACUCUUCUGCAUCGACGACCAUGAAUGCAGCAAACUCUCCGCAGCAGCAGCAGCAGCAGCAACAGCAGCCAGCACGAAGAGGAAGCUUGACUUUAGGGUGGGAGGGGUGGAAUGAAGAGGUUGCUGGUGCGGCGUCAGCGGGAUCUGCUGCGGCCUCUGCCGCAGCGGUUCCGCAUCUGCAGCAGCAGCAGCAGUGGAUGCUGCAGCAGCAACAGUCCAGGCCGCAGCAGCACCACCCAUUCCCCCCCAGCGGGCCCCAUCGGAUCGCUCCAGUGCAACAGCAACAAGCACGAAGAGGAAGUUUGACUUCAGGGUGGGAGGGGUGGAAUGAAGGGGUUGUUGGCCGAAGGCCUUAUCCCGCCGAUGCUGCUGCUGCUGGUGGCGCAGAGCAGCAGCAGCAGCAGCAACAGCAGCUACAGGAGUUACAACGCUUCAACAGGGCAAUGUCUCUGAGCACUGAGUCUAUAUCUGCUGCUGCCACUGCGGUCUACAGAAGCAACAGCAGCGUGGCGUUCUCCUCUUUCGUCGGCGCAGCAGAUAUCCUUGUCGGCCCGACAAUUGCUGCAGCAACAUCUUGGCGUUCUCCUCUUUCGUCGGCGCAGCAGAUAUCCUUGUCGGCCCGACAAUUGCUGCAGCAACAUCUGGUUCUCCUCCUGCUGUUGUAG